AUGAGCUCCAAGGCCAAGCGGGUGCUGCCCACCCGCCCUGAGCCCCCCAGCCUGGAGCAGAUCCUGGCCGACGUGCGGGGCACCCACCCGGCCGACCCCGUCUUCCUCCUCCCCGCGGAGCCCCGCUCCCCCGGCCCCGCCAGGCAGGAGGCCGCCGCGGAGGAGAGGGAGCGGCUGUACCAGCAGAGCCGCUCCUACGUGGAGAUGAAUCAGCGGCUGCAGGAGUCCCAGGAGCGGCUGCGGGAGCAGUGCGAGGAGCUGCGGCAGGCGGGAGCGGCACUGGAGCGCAGCAUUUCGGAAAUGAGGCAGAAAGCUUUCUGAGGCCGGCAGCUUCCCUCCGGGCAGCAUUGGUGCUCGGGAUUCCUCUCUGUGGGCGCCCUGGACUGCGGCGGGCACCUUGGGACGCCCCGCCAUUGCGGUUUCACCUGCCCAAAUUGGGGGUAGAACCGAUCGCGUUUGAUUUACGGGAGGAUCUGGCAUCGCCACGUUUGCCAGCACCUCACCAGCGUGGCAGCGGGCUGGGGCUGUGCCGCCUCGGCAGCCUGACCCUUCCCCAGGGAGCGGUGGGACCUGCUGCCCGCGCUGGGAGGGUCUGUCCAGGUGCGGUGGCAGGUUCCCGGUGUGGGAGGAAAGGUUCAGCACCCGCAUUUCGUCCCUGCUGUCAGUGAACUUGAUGCCCUCGUCCCUGGUGGGUGGCAUGUCGUCUGCGCCCUCGCGCCGCAGCUUCACCUAUGACUUUUCCAUCUGGUACUGCCCCGAGGACGACCACAUCGCCUCCCGCAUCUCGGAGCACUUGAAGAAAGAGGGUUUUCGGGGCUACACAGAGCACCAGGACCAAGUGGCCGGGACAUCUGUCAUCCUGACUGCCAUCAAGGUCAUCGAGGCCAGCCGGGUGGCCAUCCUCCUCCUCUCCGCCAAGUCCCUGGGCGACCCGUGGUGCCAGCGCAUUUCCCAGUGGAACCUGUGUCACAUCAUCCAGUGCCACGGCACCAAGAUGAUCCCCGUGUACGUGGGCGUGAAGAAAGCUGAGGUGCCUCCCUUCCUGCAGCACCUCAUUGAGCUGGAGUACCCGACCGAGUUCUUCUUCGACAGGCUCGUGGACAGCCUGAGAGCACCCCGCUCGGCAGCGAGCAAAGCCCGGCGCCCCGCAUCCUCCAAAGCGAAGAGCUGAGGGACCGUGGGUGGCUGGGGUCCGGUUUAGCAGCCUGUUUGGGGUUCGGAGCCAGUGGCCCCACAGCGAUGGUGGCAGGAGUGGAGUUGUCCUGUGCUGCUAAUAAAGGUGGUGGGAACGGG